AUGACACUUGAAGCCCUGUUAGCCAAAGCAAGAGCGUUGGAAUUCUUGGAGCAGCAAGUGAUUGACAUAGAAUCUCCAGGAAGUGCCAAGGCUGUGUUUCCUCAGAAGUCCAAAACACCGGACAAGACAGCUCGUUGUUUUAACUGUGGUGGAAGCUGGCCCCACGAUGCCAAAGCUGGGUGUCCUGCUCAGAAUCGAAAGUGCAAUUCCUGCAAAAAAUACAGCCAUUAUGUGCAGUAUUGUCAAGGCUCUCAAAAGGCUCAGUCUUCUGAGAAAGGCAGAACACCUCGAAAAGGAAACACGAUGCAAAGAUGUCGAAACUUCAAGCCCCCGCGAACCAUUAAUCAAGCCUUACUGGAAUCCAAGUGUCAUUCAGUUGACUCAGAGUUUCUUGUGGUAGAUGGCAAAACAUCUCUUCUUGGAUACACAACUGCUGCAGAUCUUGGGAUACUGCGAAUCGCAGAUGCAUUGUCUGUGGAAAGGAAUGUGUUCCAAAACUACCCUAGUCUUUUCAGUGGUCUUGGAAAGAUGAAGGGUGUUGAGGUCAAAUUGGAUAUUGAUGAGAACGUGAAACUUGUUCAUCGAUCACAUAGACGUAUCCCAUUUCAUCAAAUAAAGAAUCUUGAAGCUUGUGUUGAAUCCCUGCUACAACAGGAUAUUAUCGAGCCUUCUGAUGGACCCACCCCCUGGGUAUCUCCUGUGGUCUUGGUGCCCAAGCCCAAACAACCUGGUGGAGUACACUUGUGUGUGGACAUGAGGGAAGCUAAUAAAGCAAUAACCCGAGAAAAACACCUCAUGCCCACUCUUGACGAAGUGGUACCCGACCUCAAUGGUGCAAAGGUGUUUAGCAAGCUAGAUCUCAAUCAAGGAUAUCAUCAGCUGGUCGUGCACCCAGACUCCAGGCAUAUUACCAUCUUCUCCACUCAUUGUGGUCUGUUCAGGUAGACAAGCCUAAGUUUUGGCG